AUGUAUGAGCGCGCGUUCCUUUUCUCUGCCAUUAUGGCGGCCGCUCGUGCCCAGCAGGCUGGCACGCUGACCCCUGAGACUCAUCCCUCUCUGACGUGGGAGAAAUGCGCGUCCGGCGGUAGCUGCACCGAGCAGUCUGGGUCUGUUGUCGUUGACGCCAAUUGGCGGUGGGUUCACGACAUCAACAGCUCGACGAACUGCUAUACCGGUAACACGUGGGACGCAACUCUCUGCCCAGACGACACAACUUGUGCCGCGAACUGUGCUCUGGAUGGCGCCGACUACUCCGGGACCUAUGGCGUGACGACCGACGGCAGCUCCUUGACCCUGGGUUUUGUCACCGGCUCGAAUGUUGGCUCUCGUCUCUAUCUGAUGGAGGACGACAGCACCUAUCAGAUUUUCCAACUGCUGAACCAGGAGUUCACGUUCGACGUAGAUGUUUCGAACCUCCCAUGCGGCCUUAACGGUGCUUUGUACUUCGUCUCCAUGGAUGCCGACGGUGGCAUGUCCGAGUACAGUGGUAACAAGGCCGGAGCCAAAUACGGCACUGGCUACUGUGACUCGCAAUGCCCUCGGGACCUGAAAUUCAUCAAUGGCCAGGCCAACGUCGACGGUUGGGAGCCUUCCAGCAACGACGCAAACACUGGUAUCGGCGGCCACGGCUCGUGCUGCGCGGAGAUGGACGUGUGGGAGGCGAACAGCAUUUCCACCGCUCUGACACCCCACCCCUGCGAUACCGCCAGCCAGACUAUGUGUGAUGGCGACAGCUGCGGCGGGACAUACUCGAGCAGCCGCUAUGGAGGUACCUGCGACCCUGAUGGAUGUGACUUCAAUCCUUACCGCAUGGGCAAUACGAGCUUCUACGGACCCGGCGAGAUUGUCGACACAAACUCCAAGAUGACGGUAGUGACGCAGUUUAUCACCAGCGACGGCACAGAUACCGGCACCCUCAGUGAGAUCAACCGUAUUUACGUGCAGAAUGGAGUGGUCAUUGCCAACUCGAACUCUGAUGUCAGCGGCGUGAGCGGUAACUCGAUUACCUCUGACUUCUGCACAGCCCAGAAGACGGCGUUUGGCGAUGAGGAUAUCUUCUCGCAGCACGGUGGGCUGUCUGGUAUGAGCACGGCUCUGUCCGGGGGUAUGGUGCUUGUCAUGAGCCUGUGGGAUGAUUACUAUGCCGACAUGCUCUGGCUCGACAGCGACUAUCCCACCAACGCGACGGCCACCGACCCUGGCGUUGCUCGUGGUACUUGCUCGACCAGCUCUGGUAACCCGGCCACCAUCGAGUCGCAGUCUGGGUCGGCCAAUGUGGUCUUUUCCAACAUCAAGGUUGGCCCGAUCGGGUCCACCUACUCGUCGUAG